GUGUAACUCAAUCAAAAUGGCGCGCCAAUCUGAAAGAAUGUCUUCCGGGUUUUAAGACUCGUUGAUCAGACACGUUUUUCUGAUGUAUAAUAGAUUAUAUUGUGCUCCCUGAUAUAUAAAUACAACCAAACAACUGACGCAUAUAUAGUAAAAUUAGUUGCGUAUGUUUAUCCUGACAACUUUAUAAGAUGGCAGAAAGACCGGAAGACUUGAAUUUACCAAAUUCAGUUGUUGCCAGAAUAAUCAAAGAGGCCGUGCCAGAUGGCGUGAAUGUGUCCAAGGAAGCCCGUAGUGCCAUAUCAAGAGCAGCCAGUAUAUUUGUACUAUAUACAACAACAUGUGCAAAUAAUUUUGCUUUGAGUGCCAAGCGGAAAACGUUAACGGCAGCCGAUGUGCUCUCUGCCAUGGAAGAGAUGGAGUUUGAACACUUUGUGGAGCCACUCAAAGAUAGUUUAGAAGCUUUUCGAAAAGACAGGAAGGAGGCGACAGAAAAGAAAAAAAAAUCAAAGUCUGCUGCCGAGAGUAAAGAGAGUGAGAAAGAUGCUGAGGACAAAGAAGCAGAAAAGAGUUCUGGUGAGGAAGAAGCUGAGGAGGAGGAAGAGGAUGAUGAUGAAGAGGAGGAAGAACAGGUGGAAGAAAAAGAGGAUGGAGAAGAGGAGAAAGACGAAUCUUAAUAUAGUCUUAAAAGAGAAGAAAGUUGGGAUGGUGGGGUGUUGGGUUUGCAGGUGUUAUUGAUGGGCAUUACAUUUCUAAAAAAUUAUAUUGUUUAGGUGACAGUAGUGAUGAAUAAUAAUUGAAUCAACAAACCCUAAAACAUAUGUCUGUUUGAGAUAUAUUACAUCAGAUUUGAAGAUGUGACAGCUUUGUCAAGAUGAAUAUGUGUAGUGUGUAUGAUCUGAUCAGUAUUACCAUCAUUCUCACCUGUGGAUUGUAUUGUCUGCGAUUUCUCAUUGGGAUUGCGGCGCAUCAUUGUCUGUGAUGUAAGUAUUUCAGAUUCGUCCCAUUCUUUUAAAGUUAACAAACAAAUGUAAUGUAUGAAUUAAUGUAUUGUUCAUUUCAUUCUAUCUGUGAAGCUACUAACAGGAUUUUGGAUUGGCCACCCAAACCGAACACCUAUCAGUCUGGCCAAUCAGAGCACUUGUUUGUUGACAGGUAUCAAAUUCUGCUGUAUAAAUGUAUUUGACUCAACUGUUCUAUCCUGCACACCAUGAAUCAUCAGUUCAGUAUUGCAGUCAUUGUUUGUUUCAAUUAUGUAUUUUUCACUUUCAUUAUAAUAAAUGCCUUU